AUGGACGUCGACGCGCAUCAACAGCCCUCGUCUCCCUCAGAUUCGACCCUUUCGUCACCUCUUUCCGUAUUGUCAAAAUCACCCUCGAUACCCUCAUCGCCAGAAGUCGCCCUCGACGCGUCAAAACGAUACCCCUCGCCCACCUCUUCAAUGCCUUCAGGCGCCCAGUCACCAAUCAAGCUCGAGGCCGCAGAUGACUCCGUACCCGUCAUCAAGCUCGAUAGCGCUGCCGAUUCCAUCAAUGUCAAUGCCAGCGAUGCUACUGAUGGCCAGCCUCCCCGAAAGCGGCGUAAAGUUACGCCUCCUAAAGAGCGCACUACAGAGUACCUCAACCUGGAAAACUGCAAAGAAGACGACGGAAACUUGGCGCGUCUAGUGUCCGCUCUCAAGAAACGGAAGAAGAUCGUCGUCAUCGCAGGCGCUGGAAUCUCUGUUUCGGCCGGCAUCCCCGACUUUCGAUCCAAGACUGGUCUCUUUGCGACACUGCCAAAUGAGCACAAGGUGAAAGGCUCAGGCAAGCACCUGUUCGACGCCUCUGUCUACAAACAUGACUCCUCUACCGAAAAAUUCCACAAAAUGAUUUGCGACCUGGCUACAAUGGCCGCCAAGCCCACUCACUUCCACCACCUCUUAGCGUCACUCGCCGCCGAAAACCGUCUCCUACGCCUCUACAGCCAGAACGUCGACUGUAUCGACACCAACAUGGAACCGUUGAAGACGAACGUUCCCCUGAACGUCAAGGGUCCUUGGCCCAAAACCAUUCAGCUGCACGGAAGCGUUGACCACAUGGUCUGCUCAAAGUGCAGUGACAUCAAGGCUCUGGAAACAGAGCUUUUCGUGGGCCACGAGGCUCCACUAUGCAAAACUUGCGAGGACCUCGACAUGGUUCGCACGCAGUAUGGCCAAAGACGAAGUCACGGUAUUGGUCGCCUGCGUCCCAGAAUGGUUCUUUACAAUGAAUUCAAUCCGGACGAAGAAGCCAUUGGUAAAGUGUCGAGUGUGGACCUAAAGUCGCGUCCCGACGCGGUCAUUGUUGUUGGCACCAGCCUCAAAAUUCCAGGCGUGCGGAGGCUUGUGAAGGAGCUGUGUCAGGUCACGCGUAGUCGCCGAGACGGAUUCACUGCAUGGAUCAACACGGACUCGGAGCCACAACACAACGACUUCAAAGACUGCUGGGACCUUGUCGUUCGCGGCAAGUGCGAUGACGUGGCUCACUGGGCUGCUCUACCCCGUUUCGACGUACCCCAAGGCGACCAGUCGGCCUAUCUCAGUGAGGGAGAGGAGCAGAGGCGCCAGGACAGACUUAGCAGGGAUAAUCUCGAGGUGCAGCUCAUUUCGCCGACGCCCGAUUCACCGACCAAGUCUACUUUAACCACUACGUCGGAUUCAAAGAAGCGGAAGCUCGUCGACCCUGUCCAGAGCAUCCCAACACCCACAGCCAGCCCGAAGAUCAAGGCUGUCGAGGCUGCGAAGAAGGGUAGCAAGGCGAAGCAAAGCAAGCUUUCGUUUGGUGGCCAGCAAGCUGCUACUCCCGGAAGCGACGCAACAGCCAAGAAGGUCAAGAAGCCGUCCGCGAAGAAGCCCCGGAAGGACAACAAGAAGGCCACGGUGCCCCCCAAGAACAGCGUUGCACAGACCUUCAAGACGCAGAAGAACCGCGAACUCGCCGAUAUGCCACAAGAGACCUUGGCUGGCAAAUUGGACAGCCAGCACUAUCUCAAAUAUGUUGAAGACAAGCUUCAGUCUCAGCUUCCACCAUUGCGACCGGCUCAAAAGCCUAUACAAAGUUUCGUCUACAAGCGCGCCGAGAACACCGACGAGGAGGCACAGAAGGAGGAUGUUUCAUCACCCGCGCGACCGUUUGAGAAGAUGUCGAGGCCGUCACUCGCUGAACGGCCAAAGUCUUCACCAAACACUGGAGACAGCAAUUAUUCUAAUAAGGGCAUGGGAGCUCCAUCCGUCCAUCCCUAUGCGCUAGAUAUAUCGGGCUCAGAUCCGUAUCUCCUGCUGAUGCGACCGAGCGUCCGUAGGUAUGACUGCCAGCACGGGUACAAUGCCCCAUCUCCAGUCUGCCACCACGCCGCCGCCGCGACCAACAAGGCUACGCGUACUCGCACCUAA